UCUCUCUCUGGCUGUCGUUGAACCAAAACACAGCUGACACCACGUCAACACACAGAGAAGAAGAGCCCACUCCCCUCUUUUACACUCGCUCGCUGCGUGUUGUUGCUAGGGCUUUAAUUUUUCAACCCAAAAAUCACAACAAAAUCCUAUUUUUAAUAAACUAAAAAAUGCUCCGCUACAUAACGACAAUUUUCUAUGGCAACGACGACGACGACCAGGAAAAUUACACCGUGGAGGAAGAACUCCUCGAGGAUGAAGAUUUGGAACUCGACUGGGUCGUUGUCAAGACGACCAAUAACAGUGAAAAACAGGAUCUCGAGGGGGUGGAACUCGACGAUGGAGAAAAAAUCUCCUUGGAAACUGAGGAGCUACUUAUUUGGGAAAAUUUACUCAUCGAACAUCCCUCGAUGAGCGUUUACAUUAGCACCCAGGAGCGACCCCAAGAACAACCCAUGGAAACUAAAAACCUGUCCUCCAAAAAACCGCACCCCCUUUCCCACUGGCUUCUCAACCCACCCCACUACCCUCAUCAGAAAAAAAUCUCAACCCCACCCACCGUUGCCUUGGCGAACAAAAAACCCGUUCGAAAACUAUCAUCCCAGAAACAGCUCCCAAAAUUUCGUUCAAAUAUCCGAAACGAUCGACGUUGUCAUUACCAACGGAAACAAAUUUAACGUUUCCAUGGAAUUUUAGUUUAUAAUUUUUUUUGUAAAUCGUCGUUACUAAUCGUUAAUUUGUAAAUAUUAAAUGUCAAUGACAUCACCGUGGAUACGUGAAUUUUUUAAUAAUAAAAAAAAUGUUUUUAAAA